AUGGCUGAUUCCAAGGUGCACGACACCAUUGCGCCAGUGGAGGGGGGCCCGCCCUACCCCUCCGAUGGCCACGAGGGCUGGCACUCCGACUCCUCGAUGAAGACGCUUAUUCAGAAUGCGAAGGCGGCAACGGAAAAGGAGCGGAACAUGAGCUUGCUGCAGGGUAUCAAGCUAUAUCCUAAGGCAGUUUUAUGGAGCGUGAUCAUCUCGACCUGCAUUGCAAUGGAGGGAUACGAUAUUAGUUUGGUGAACAACUUCUAUGCCUUUGACCAGUUCAACCGCAAGUACGGCGAGCGGUUGGCCGAUGGCUCAUAUCAAGUACCGGCUAGGUGGCAAUCUGGUUUGAGUAACGGCGCCUACGUCGGCGAGAUUAUCGGUCUUUUCAUCAACGGUUGGGCGUCAGAGCGCUUCGGUUACCGCUAUACACUUAUGGCCUGUCUCGUUCUGGUCAGCGCGUGGACGGCAAUCUUCUUCACAGCCAAGAAUGUGCAGUCUCUGCUCGCGGCGGAGAUUUUGUGCGGUAUUCCCUGGGGCGUGUUCCAGACCCUGACCAUCACGUACGCCUCGGAGGUGUGUCCUGUUGCGCUGCGUGGAUACUUGACCACCUAUGUCAACUUCUGCUGGGGUCUUGGCCAGCUGAUAGGAAUUGGUGUGAUCAAGGGGAUGCUCCAUCGGGACGAUGAAUGGGCUUACAGAAUUCCGUAUGGCCUACAGUGGAUGUGGCCUCUGCCCCUUUUCAUUGGCAUCUCUCUUGCCCCCGAAUCCCCCUGGUGGUUGGUUCGACGGGGCCGGACCAAGGAUGCGAAACGGUCCCUGGAGCGAUUGACGAGCAAAGACCGCGACACCGAUUUCAAUGCCGACGAGACAAUCUCAAUGAUGGUGCACACCACAGCCCUGGAGGCCAGGAUCACCAAAGGCGCCACUUAUCUCGAUUGCUUCAAGGGAACCGAUUUGCGCCGGACCGAGAUCGUCUGCAUGGUCUGGGCUAUUCAAAAUCUGAGUGGAAACUCGUUCUCGAACUAUUCCACGUACUUCUUGGAGCAGGCUGGCCUCAGUUCGGGUAAUGCAUACAACUUUGCCAUGGGUCAGUAUGGCAUUAACAUGGUCGGUGUCUUUGGAGCAUGGUUCCUAAUGAACCUCGGCAUUGGUCGCCGAACUUUGUGUCUGUACGGACUGUGCGGACUAUGCGCCAUGCUUCUUAUCAUGGGUUUCCUCGGUCUCGUGCCGGACUCCCACCGUUCCCAGGCUUCCAUGGCCACCGGCUCGCUUAUGCUCGUCUGGGCGCUUUUCUACCAGCUCACAGUCGGCACCGUCGGCUAUUCGCUUGUGGCGGAGCUUUCCACACGACGACUGCAGAUCAAGACGGUUGUGCUGGGCCGCUGCCUGUACAACGUUGUUGCUAUUGUCUGUGGUGUCCUUACACCCUACAUGCUGAACCCCGGCGAGUGGGAUUGGGGCAACUACGCCGGUUUCUUCUGGGGCGGCAUCUGCUUCUUGUGCAUCAUUUACGCCUACUUCCGCGUGCCCGAACCGAGCGGUCGCUCGUUCGCCGAACUGGAUAUGCUCUUCGAGCGCGGCGUCAGUGCUCGCAAGUUUGCAACGACCGAGGUGGACGUGUUUGACGAGCACGUCGAGAGCCGCGUCAUCGACGGCUACCAGGAACAGAAGAGAUCCACGAAUGACCCCAGCCAAGUUGAGAAAGACGCUGGCUGUGCAUGA